CAACAAAGCUGAGCCUUGAGUGCAGCGUGGACCUCCUGUUCCUCAUGGACAGCUCGGCAGGGGUCACGCUGGAAGGGUUCCUGCGCUACAAAGCUUUCCUCAAGAGGUUCCUACAAGCAGUGAUGGGCCAGGACUCGUCAGUGAAUGUAGGGGUGGCCCAGUAUGAUGACAGUGUCAGGAUACCUAUUGGAGUGGGCCAACACAAGGAUGUAUUCAGUCUCACAAAGAGCAUUGAUGCUUUGAAUUUCAGUGGAGGAGGAGCCUUGACAGGCAAAGCCCUGCAGUAUGUUGCACAGCAUGGUUUUAGAAGCACCCCAGUCUUUGCAGAUGCUCAGGAUAACCUCCCACACGUGGUUGUCUUGCUCACUGACUCCAAGUCCCAGGACCCAGUGGCAGAAGCUGCUAAGUAUGCAAGGGACCAAGAUCUCUUCUUGAUUGGUGUGGGCAGCAGCUUCAUGAGAGCAGAGCUGACCAAGGUGGCUGGCAGCCCGAAGCAGACAAUUGUCUACUCGAACCCCCAGGACCUGUUCAACAGGAUCCCAGAGCUGCAGAGAAGAAUCUGCAGUGUGGGCAAUCCUGAAGGCUGCCAGGCACAGUCUCUUGACUUGGCAUUUGCAGUGGAUGCCUCGUCUGGAGUUGGUCUGGAGAAUUUUCUGCAGCUGAAGAGCUUUGUCAGGAGCAGCUGUUUGCACUUCAGUGUCAACCGGGAUGUCACCCAAAUUGCCCUGGUGAUAUAUGGCAGGAGAGCUCACACCGUGUUUGCUUUGGACACCCACACAAGCAGUUCAGCUGUCCUCCAAGCCAUUGACCGGGUGCCUUUCCUCGGGGACUCAGCCUCUGCUGGCAGUGCCUUGCUGCAUAUUUAUGGUGAGGUGAUGACCGUGCAGAAAGGAGCAAGACCUGGUGUCCACAAGGUGGUGGUGGUGCUCACGGGUGGAGGUGGCAUGGAGGAUGCAGCCGCCCCAGCCCAGCAGCUGAGGCACAACGGCAUCUUGGUGUUUGUGGUUGUCAUUGGAGAUGCACAGAGGGACGUGCUGCUGAGGGUUGCUGGGUCUCCCGACUACCUGGUCCACAUCUCCUCCUAUGAAGACCUGCAGUAUUAUCAAGACUUUAUCAUUGAAAGGAUCUGUGAAGAAGCAAGGAGCCCUGUGAACCUGUGCAAACCCAACCCGUGCAUGAACCAGGGCGUGUGCAUCCUUGGGCCUGGGAGCUACCGGUGCGAGUGCCACGGCUGGGAAGGACCCCACUGUGAGAGCAGAGUUCUCCGGGGCGAUUCUCCAAGAUCUCUGGUUUGA